AUCUUCUUUUGGCAGAUUGAUCGUGGGAAAAGUAUUAAAGUACAACGUACGGAUUGUGCUGAGAGUAGUGUGACGUGUGACAAGCCAUCCGAGGAAACCGAACCAACGAGCACGUGCAAAAAGCUGAGCACAAUUCGAGGUAAUCAGCAGAGCUGCAUCAACAAAGUCGCUAGGGAGACGAAAACUGCGGGUACCCUGGCGGUAGUUGUAGGCGGUUUUGUUGCAUGCUGGUUGCCAUUUUUUAUUCUCUAUUUGGCAACACCUUUUGUACCUGUGCAGCCGCCAGAUGUUCUUAUGCCAGCUUUAACAUGGCUAGGGUGGAUUAAUUCGGCUAUCAACCCGUUCAUUUACGCCUUCUAUUCGGCAGACUUCAGGCUCGCUUUCUGGCGACUAACAUGUCGGAAAUGUUCAAAGAGUAGACUAAACUUGGAUGGUACGAAUCGGAAAUUACCCGCUCCAGUUAACUGGAAGAAAGAUACGUCGAGAACGUGAAGAGCUCCGCACAAGAGUUUCAAACUUGUUCAAUUAUGUGGCAUCUCCGGUACUGGAAUUACUAUGGUUGACUUGCGUUUAUUCGUAACCGCGACACACUAAUGAGGAAUGAUGUAUGUCAGAGCUACAAGCAUAUAAUUUCAAGUAUGGGCUUAUAUCUAAUCAAUAGCUAUUAUGCAAUUUUAUAAGAUAUAAAUGUUUCACUACGCACAAUACAUUGGGAUACAUAUUGGAAUAGCAAUUCUCAAAAGUCGUAUAAAUAUGGAAUCAUUCUUUUUGUGUGUGCAAUACACUAUAAUUAGUUGUCGUAAUUUUGUUUAAUAUUUAUUAGCAUCAGAAUAUUUUUGUGAUUAUGUUUAAUUAAAUUAAAUUUCC